UUUGACAAAGAACGCUAAUUUAGAAAACACUAAUACUUAGUAUUAAUUUAGAAAAUCUAAUUAGGUUUUAUCAACCAAAUAAAGGUCAAACUAUUUAUCAUCAAAACUAACUAACCAGGCUAACGUGUCAUGGAGUUUAAUUAGUUUUCAUAACACCAUUAUUGUUGAAACUGUUAGAAGUUAGAAUCAUGUGUGGAAAAAUUACGCGGUUUACUAUUAAUCAUGUUUUUAUUUUUAUCAAUACAAGUUUCUCUGUCUUGUCUUUUUGAAUUUCCUUUGAUUUCUUCCUUCUAUGUCUAACAUAUUCCUCGAUUCUUGAGCUUUCCAGGUAUGUCGAAGUCGAUUCAUCAAUAUAUGUUUAGAAGCUUAUUUCUAAUGAUCUAUUGAAGUUUCAAUUUCUCUAGAAUUAUGCUGUUUUAGGUUGUAAUUGUGAAUGCGUGUGUAACACGCUAGGUACUCCGGAUUGAUGCAGCAAUGGAGAGUGAAGGAGAAGGAGGUCCAUUUCAGGGAAUACUUCGAGAUAUCGAAGGUAGACGAAAAUGUUACAAACAAGAUUGGAUUCGUGGCAUAAAAACCGGUAUAAGAAUUUUGGCUCCGACUUGCUAUAUUUUCUUUGCAUCGUCUCUUCCUGUAGUUGCCUUUGGUGAGCAAUUAAGUAAACAUACAGGCGGAGCUCUAAGUGCAGUGGAAACAUUAGCUUCUACUUCGAUAUGCGGAAUCAUCCAUGCGAUUUUUGGUGGACAACCAUUGUUGAUACUUGGGGUUGCAGAGCCAACCAUCAUUAUGUAUACUUAUCUUUAUAGUUUCUGCAUUAGUAGACCGGAUAUCGGUCGAGAACUUUACCUAGCUUGGGUUGCAUGGGUUUGUGUAUGGACUUCAGUUUUGCUUAUCCUUCUUUCGAUAUUUAACGCGGGCACAAUCAUCACGAGGUUUACGAGAAUCGCUGGGGAACUUUUUGGCAUGUUGAUUGCUGUUCUGUUUUUACAAGAAGCUAUCAAGGGAUUGAUCAGCGAGUUUAACGCCCCCGAAAUUAAAAAUCAAGAAACAGGGAAAUCUCAUUUCCUCUUGUUGUAUGCAAAUGGGUUGCUCGCGGUAAUUUUCUCGUUAGGCCUUGUAUUCACCGCGCUAAAGAGUAGAAGAGCAAAAUCUUGGAAAUACGGCUUUGGAUGGCUUCGGAGUUUCAUUGGAGAUUACGGUGUUCCUUUAAUGGUCUUGUUAUGGACGGCAUUGUCUUACACAAUUCCUAGUGAAGUACUUCCAAGUGUUCCUCGGAGACUGUUCUGUCCUCUUCCAUGGGAGCCAGCUUCAUUGUAUCAUUGGACUGUAAUCAAGGACAUGGGUAAGGUACCGGUAAUGUAUAUAUUUGCUGCGUUUAUACCCGGUGUGAUGAUAGCAGGACUUUACUUCUUCGACCAUAGUGUAGCUUCACAAAUGGCACAACAGAAAGAGUUUAAUCUAAAGAAUCCUUCUGCUUAUCACUAUGACAUCUUCUUGCUUGGAAUUAUGACUUUGAUAUGUGGACUACUUGGACUUCCUCCUUCAAAUGGUGUUCUUCCUCAGGCUCCAAUGCACACAAAGAGUCUUGCAGUUCUCAAUCGUCAGCUGACACGCAAGAAAAUGGUGAAGAAAGCAAAGGAGUGUAUGAAAAUGAAAGCUAGCAAAUCAGAAAUAUAUGGAAGAAUGCAAUCAGUGUUUAUAGAGAUGGAGACAUGCCCACCUCAGGAUAAUUCAGUAGCAACAGAUUUAAAAGAGUUGAAAGAAGUUGUAAUGAGACCGGACCAAGGAGCGGAUACAAAAGGAAAAUUCGAUCCGGAUGUGCAUAUAGAGGCUAACUUGCCGGUUAGAGUAAACGAGCAAAGAGUGAGCAAUCUUUUGCAAUCAGUUCUUGUUGGUUUAACACUUCUUGCAGUGCCAGUCAUCAAAAUGAUCCCAAGUUCAAUACUUUGGGGUUACUUUGCUUAUAUGGCGAUAGACAGUCUCCCGGGAAACCAAUUCUGGGAGAGAUUGUUGCUUCUCUUUAUUCCUCCUAGCCGUCUUUUCAAAGUCUUGGAAGGAGUACAUGCUUCAUUUGUGGAGUUAGUACCAUACAGAGUGAUUGUAACAUUCACACUUUUCCAGUUGGUUUAUUUUCUCUUGUGCUAUGGUAUGACAUGGAUUCAUAUGGCCGGGAUAUUUUUCCCGGCGCUCUUCUUUCUACUCAUAAGUAUAAGAGAACACUUGCUUCCCAAGUUAUUCCAUCCCCAACAUCUUCAAGUGCUAGAUGCUUCUGACUAUGAAGAAAUAGUAGCAGCACCUAUACAACAACACUCAAGUUUCGCAUACCGGAAACUAGGGUCUUCUCAUCAUUUAUCAGAAGGUGAAGAUGAAUUCUACGACGCGGAGAUAUUGGAUGAGCUGACUACAAGCAGAGGUGAAAUAAGGAUCCGAACCAUAAGUUUUAAAGAGGUGCAUCCGGAGCCUGAAGAGAAGCGUGUAACCUUUGAACCACAUUAAAAAAUAAUCUUUUGCAGCUGUUUUUGUAUACACAUACAUUGACUAUGUUAUGGUUUUCCUUAUAGUGAAACUAUGUUGGCAGCAGUUAUAACCCUUAGUUUGUCCUCAAAUCUGAGCUAUCGCAUUCAAAUUAUCCAGUACUUGUUGCAUCAGAGGUCGUUUAUACGGGUGACGCUUAAGGCAUUUUUUUAUAAUCUUGUACAUAGGUCUUCCCUCUUCAUAAGGAUAUAUAUUCUCUAAAUCCAAAUCGAUCACCUCCGCCAUGAAUACCUUGUCAUCUCGUAUUACUUGUUUUGCAAGGUUAAUGCGCGUAAUUUCAAGACCAGUUAAGAUCUCGAGUAGUAUAACACCAAAGCUGUAAACAUCGCACGCUAUUCGC